UGGCUCCCAUAUACUUGGUUUGGUAGCAGGCAGGUACACACCAGCAAUAAAUUUUGCCAUAAAAUUCAUGUUGUGUUCUUUUCCUUGAAGAAGUUGAAUGUUCUUUAAACAUUAAACAUGUAGCCCUACUAAAAAACUUAAAUACUUAUUUGUUUAGAAAUACUAAAAAUUCAUUUUCACGACUAUCUACUUAAUUUUCAAUAUUUUCUCAUUAUUUUCUAAACUAUAUUUUUCAACUCAUAAAAUUUGAAACUAUUGUUUCAAAAUUAUUAUUUUCGAAACAAAAAUCAUUAAGCUCCUUAGUUUUUUGAACUUUGGAGUUUUGCUACUAUGCAUUUGUUAUAAAGAUCAAUGUCGAGUUUGAUUUUUUUCAAAUAACAUUUUGACACAAAAAGAGCAAAUCCAAUUCCAUGGAGUUAGACAAGCAUUUGGCUAAAGCCUAUAAUUAUUUUGACUCGGAUUAUUAAGUAGGGUAAAGAUUCCACAAUAUUCUAUAGCUAUAUUUGUUUCUUUCUAUGAUGCAUCUAGUACUAAGUCAUAUUAUUUUAAUAUGAGCAAAACAAAAAGUAGACAGCGAUAUAUAUAAAUAUAUAUUUAAUUCAUAUGCAUAUUGAUCAUUUUCUUCCCAUAUUAUUGUACCUUUCUCUCCUCUAUUAUCUCUCAACUCAUUUUAAAAACUCCCAUACAUUGUCUCUAUUUGCUUGUUUUUUCCUUGCUUGUCCAUAUUCACUCAACUGAUAGACAAUAAAAUAUCAACGCAAUGAUGUGAUAGAAAUUAUAUAUUAUAUGUGGUGAUUGUGAUUUUGAUUUUCAUGUUUUACACUUAGUAGGAAAAUAUCAAAUAUAUAAAACUAGUGAACUUAAAAAGUCCAAAUCUACCAAUUUGCUUAAAAACACCCCUGUGAUUAAGUACUAACCAAACCGAUCAGAUAAGAUUUUACAUAAAUGGUUUUUGUUUUUCAAACCCACCAUGAACAUGACUAGAUGAGCUAGCUCAAGUAAUUGGAUGACUGAGUGUGUACGAGUGAGUAGUCUGAAUUCAAGCAAAUAUAAGUCACUUUUUUGUGUGUGGAAUAUGCAGUAUGGUCAAAGUUUGGACUCUUACUUGGACUCAGAAUUUACAUUUGAUAAAGGGCCUGGUCAUCCUCCAACCACCAUAGUCUUUGGGCCCAAAUUUAUGGAAUCCAAAUUGUAUCAGCUCUCCCCACCAGAGGAUUUGGUUCUUGGGAUGUCAUUGAUUCGACCAAUCAAUCUCUCAGUCGCCAUAUUAUCACCAGAAGACCAACCGUCCAAAGAGAAGUAUGGAUCAGUUAAUAGAGUCUUCAUCCUUUGUGACCAAGACAAUGUGAUCAAGCCCAGUUUCCAGGAGUGGAUGAUCCAGAACAACCCACCUGAUGAGGUCAAGGUGAUCAAUGGUUCAGAUCAUAUGGUCAUGUUCUCCAAACCAGUGGACCUAACUUGCUGCCUCCAGGAGAUUGCUCAGAAAUACUCUUAAAAGAAUUCAAUCUGUGUGUUUGUAAUUACGUAUAUUUAUCUGUACUUUACUAUGCUAUGCAUGCAUGGAUCAAAUAACAAGGUCAUAGAAAGAAAUUUGAAAAGUUGCACAAUA